AUGGUUCUCGAAUUUCCAAACUCGCGCAAUGACUGGAGAUUAGACGCAGUCGGCCUCCUCGCUGUCAUCGGCGAGACAACCACAGAAACAUGUGUCGAGCCCAUGACAGCCUCAUAUCUCUGUCUCCUCCCUCGCCUCAUACCAGCACCUCAAGCACUUAUUCGACCCAAUCGCCGUCUGACACUCGCAAACGUGAAUGCCAAUGUCACCGGUAUCCAUAAUGGGACGGUAAGACCUGUGCUUUCAUACACCGCCAAUCAGCUAUAUCCAAUCGCAAAUCUGGCACCCUUCAGUGUCCAUGUUCUGCGUGUUAGGCACCGGGAGCAAAAUUAUGAGACCAGCAUCGAAAUGGAUCCUCCAAGAAAUACUUCAAGGACCGAAGGCGACGGCGAACGUGGUCAAUUUCGACCCCUACGCAGAAGGGCGACUUCAAUCAUAAAAAAUUACACACCUCCACAGCCAGUUAUGAGGGCAAAGAACAUGGCGCCUCACAGCAUUCUCAGUGUAGCUUCAUGCCUCUUGACGAUUGGUCUCCUCGUUUGGGCUAUAGUAAUUGGAGAUGGACCAGCAACAUUAUCUAUUGUCCUUCUAGCCACGGCGACAACUUUGUUCUGCGCAGCAUCACUCUGGAGUCUUCCACUAAGACAAAGGUCCUUUGCCUCAAUAGCUCCCGCUGGCGAUGUGGUGAUACGAACGAGAGUGGGAGCAUUCCUUAUCAUUCAGUGUGAUGAGGAUGUAGCUCGAGAGUUAUACUACGGGACUGACGAAGUUCGCCAACUUGUCACCACGGGAUUUGGCUCUUGUGUUGGUGGCGGAACUGUUAUAUUCAUGGUUGCAGUAAUCUUGAUGGGAAACUCUACCUGGACAAUGCAAGCUGCCCUGGCUGUUGCCUACCUAUUGCUCAAUGCGGUCUACUGGUUCGUUGCGCUCAUCCCAUCUACAACCCACUGGGAAUUUCCAUCGUACGAGAUAGACGACGUAACUCCUGAUGAUGUGAAAUACAGCAACGCUGGGACGAUGAAUUCCCCUCCGUCGUACACUAACUCUUUGUGGAAAGCCAUUCUCGUGUCCAAGAAGAUAGGUUGGGUCAGGAGAAGUAAUGCUCUUCCGGAAACCCAUGAGUGGGACCAUUGGUUGAAACUUGCCGAGCAGAAUGCGUUGGAUGACAAUCGGGGAUGGGAUGCUGUCAAGACGAGAGUGGAAUUGCGCGGGGGGGGGCUUUAA